GGUCAAACGUGAAACGUGAGAGUGACUUCUGCUCAAUGUUAAAGUUUUAAAGAAAACAAUAAUGUCGUAUCUUUAUGUUAAUCUAGGUAAUAAAGAUUAACUGUUGAAACAAAAAAUGGCGGAAGAAAGGAUCACACAAUGGCAGAAGAUCAAGAGAAAAUUAAAUGUUGUGAAACCAGGGACCACACCUCCAAACUGGAAAUGUAUUGGUCUGAUGUUUGUAGCUCUGUUAUCAAGUGCCUUCAGUUUGAGUUUUCUGUUUCCAUUUUUACCUGAAAUGGUUUUGACGUUUGGCUAUAGUGAAGAAGAAAAGGGAUAUUAUGUAGGGUUAAUUGCAUCUAGUGUGUUUGCUGGCAGAAUCAUUGGCAGUUAUAUAUGGGGUUACUUAUCAGAUGUUAGAGGAAGGCGAAUAGUUCUUCUUGUCUGCAUAUUUUGUAAUGGUUCAUGUUGUCUGGCAUUUGGGUUUUCAACUAAUCUAGCUUUAGCUAUAGUUUUCAGAUUUUUGGCAGGACUUUUAAAUGGGAUAGUAGGAACAGCUAAAGCGGUAUUAUAUGAAAUAUCUGAUGAUACUAAUCAAGCUAUUGGUAUGUCAACUAUAUCUCUUGCCUGGGGAUCUGGUUUAAUCCUUGGACCAACUCUAGGAGGAUGGUUAGCGUCGCCAGCUAAGAAAUAUCCUAAUUUAUUUGACCCAGAUGGUUUUCUAGGAAUGUUUCCAUAUGUAUUACCUGGUAUUAGCUGUUUUACUGUAUCUCUCUUCUCAUUUGCUUGGAUUUUCUUUAAGUUUGAAGAAACGAGCACAAAAAAGGAUAUAGAUAUCAUUAUUGAAGAUAUUGAUGGAGAUGUUGAAGAAAUGGAUUUGACAAGUUCUGAAAAUGUUCACAAAUCGAGAUCUGUAGAAAAUUUGAAAUUAAAUCAAUAUCAGGCUAUUUCUUGUGAAGAUUUACAUAAUGAAUGUGAAGCAGGCACUUUUUUUGUUAAAACAAAUCUGAUGAAAGAGGAAAUUCUGAAAUCCACUGAAGGCUUAAACAAAAGUGAAGCUAAAAUUAACAGAACAACAAAAGAUGAAAUAAUUUCUGGUGAAAAUGUUACAGAACUUCUUCUAGAAUCCAGUGCAAAGAAUGAUUUGAAGUCAAAUUCUGAUUUAAGUAUAAAUAAACUGAAUAAUAGAUAUGAAACAAAAGAUGACAAGGGUCAGGAUUCAGCCACAGAUUGUACUGAAGAUGACAAAGAUAGAGAAAGUAAUAAAAAGGAAUCUUGUUGGUCAAGAUUUGUAAAUAGUACACCAGUUGUAUUGAUGCGUACAUCAGAUAUACGAAACAGUAUAUUACUGUAUACAGUUUAUUCAUUUGGAGUUAUUGGAUUUGAAGAUAUUUUUACAAUUUGGGCAUCUACUGAGCCAAGAUUAGAUGGAUUAGGUUUUGAUACAAGUGAAAUAGGAACCAUAUUAGGAGCUGUAGCUAUACCAUUAUUACUGAUACAACUUGUUAUUUAUCCUCCUAUAGUUAAUAAACUAGGCAUUAAAAUGUCAUUUAUUGUAUUUAAUAUUGUUAUAAUAAUAGCUGUACAAACACUGCCAGUUUUACAUCUGAUAUAUGACAAAAAAAUUGUCCUAUGGGUGUUUUUGAUACUGAUUUUACUAGCAGAGAAACUUGGAGUUAAUUGUUGUUUUUCUGGUUCAUCUCUACUUAUUAACAAUUCCUGUGAACCAAAGCUGGUAGGAGCUGUUAAUGGUAUGGCAAUGACCUUUACAGCCAUAGCAAGAACGUUGGCACCAACAGUAGGAGGUAGUUUAUUUGCCUGGUCUGUAGGUUACGGAUCACAACAUAUUGGAGCACCAUUCGAUGUUAAUUUAUCAUUCAUAUUUUUUGGUUUGGUUUUUAUGUUAAGUUGUUUAAUGUGUAUUUUUCUACCUAAAAGCCUCAACAAACAGAAGAAAGCCAUGGCCAUGUAAUGACUUGUUAAUGACAGAUGGUGUCAGAUUGUAUAUGAUAACACUGAAGACAGUAUGGCUAACACUAUGUCCAAAGAAGUCAUAAAGGGGAAGUUAUGUGUUCCCGUGUUAGAUCAUGUAUUGUAGUUAAGGUAUAGCUUCCAGGUCAUAAAGUGGGGGAAGACAAUAUAUUUGUCAAGUGGGACUUGGGAAAGGCUGGUGUUAUUUGUUUUUACUAAGAUUGUUAAAACCAUAUGAGUUGAAUGCAUAACACAUUAGUGUAUGACAAACAGCAUCAUAUUAAAACAAAUUGAAAGACGUCCACAUAUUGUAAAAGUGUGUGAGCAUGACAAAUAGUGGUAGACAAUUGUAUUUUUAUGCUAUCAAUUUAUAACAAAAUAUUGUGAUAGUCAAUUUUAUGAUACAUUAGAAUCUCACUAUGGUGUCUGUUAUAACCUGGUGUUCAGUAUAAGUCAGGGGGCGUUAUAAGCAUGACUAAUUACCUGAAGUCCUUCUGUAUAAUAGUUAGCCUUGCUAUAUUGUGAGUGCACUUAGUGGACCACAACAUCUAUGCGAAGCUGAACAAGUUUGUGCAUAAUAUCCAGUCAAAAUAUGACUGUAAAAUGUCUUCCUUAUGAUGUCAUGCUUUUAUGAUGGCAUAGUUCGACUCCAGUUUGCUGUUUCAUUUUAUUGAAACAUAUGCGAUGUCGUAAGUUAGGUUGCUAAUUCUUGAUGUUAGUUGAUCAAAAAUUUUAUUUAUUAAGAAUAAGAUGGAAACAUGAUAUAAUCUCCACUUAUUUUUGUCCAACAAAGGUUAAAAUACAGAAGUUUAUAUAAUGCCAAAAAUCUGUUAUAGAUGUAAUAAAUUCUAUAAAGCUACAGUAAAUGUGUA